CGGGAGCGGGCGGUGCCUCGGCCGCAGCCCCGGGCGGCGGCUCCGCCUCGGCGGUAACCGUGUGGGUCCGCUCGCCAGCGCGGCCGCCGCGGGGCCGCGUAAGGAAAACGUUGGCGGUGGUUUCGUUAGCAGGAGCACGCGGGACUCCCUUUGCCGAGUUCUGUUCUUGUGCUAGGAGAAAAAGGCGUAUGAAAAACCCUGCGAAUAAAGGGAGGGACUGAGUACAAAAUAGUAACGUUUGCACGAGGAAAAAGGUCUUUCACUGGUGCUGUUUUUUAAACUUUGACAACGAAGUACAUUCAGAGCGUUGAAAAGCGUUUGGCCUUUACCUGUUGAGUGUUGAAGCUGUACGGUCUCCGGUUUCAGUUCCAGGAAGGUUGGGUGGCUGAGUGAGAACUCGUCAUCCUGAAGAUUCACAGUUGUCACUGAGGAUUCCAGCAUGUCUAAAGAAAUGCAGGAGCUGCAGAAGCAGUGGCACUCCAUGGUACAGUCCAUCCACAGCAACUCAAAGGUUGUUGCAUUUAUGAACUCUCGUUUUGGCCAAUACUUAGAUGACCAUCCUUUUGUUGCCUUAUCACUCCUGAUGUUUGUUGCAGUGUCCGCUAUUCCUGUUGCAUUUUUUCUGAUUUUUGUUGUUACAACAGCCAUAAUGGCCUGUAUUGGUGUGAUAAUUAUGGAAGGUGUUGUAAUAUCAAUAGGUGGCAUAACCCUCCUUUGUGUACUGUGUGGCCUGGGCACACUUUCACUGGGAGUUUCUGGAGUCCUGAGUAUUUGUUAUGUCAUUCUUUCAACUCUGAUCAACUACUGGUAUGCUCAGAAGGGUCAGAUAAAGAAAGAGGAAGCUAAUGGAACUUCACUACAGAAGAGUCCUUCCAUCUUGGAGCUCUCUGCCAAUAAUGGAAAGUGCGAGUAAAUGGGAUUCUCAGCAUUUCAUUGAUAGGCACUUAACUGUACAAUUCUGACCUUUACAGUGUAAUUGUUUACCUGUUGAACAGUCAAGCUGUGUUCACUGGUUAUAGAAAUUGGAAAAAGAGAAUAUGCUUGUUACUAUAAGACAACUAGUAACAGUAACUAUUAAGCAGUGCAUUGUGAUGAAGUCUUAGAUGCAUGAUGAGAUGUUCCACAGAAUUUGGAAAUAUACUCAUGACUACUGUUAAGUCAGUGACGGGUGAAAAGGGGGUUAGGCAGGUAUUUGAUUUCUUAUUUACUAUUAGUUUCUAGAUGGAGCAUCUUUCAAAAUUUGUAUGCAGCAGUUGGCUCUUUUGCUACAUAGUAAGUCUCAAAGUUCAGCAACACCCAAAAGGUUUUAUGAAUGUUGAAAAAAAAUAUAUUUCUAAGCCUUAAGUCUUUGUUGAAGGAUUACAAGCAAACCAUGCUAGUGCUUUAUAUUAUAAAAGGGGAAAAUUGAGUUUUGUUGUAUGUAAAACAUAGUAUAAGCUUUCACAUACCUUUAAAUGCCACAUUAUUCUGAAGGGGUGUUUUCAUUAUUGCUUCAUCACAUCUAUGGCAUGCAAUUAGAUCUUACAUUGUCAUAUUUGUUUAGGUAUUUAAAGUGCCUGUUUUGCUUCUUAGCAUUUGCAAAAAGGUUUAAACAAAAUACAUAAGUUAAAACUAUACUGCUUUUAAGCAUUAAAUAUCUGACUAUAUUAGUUUAAUAAAGUGUUGUUUGUUUAGCCAGGUUUUCUUGUUUUUAUAUUUAGGAUAAAAUAAAGAGUUCUCCAGAUCUUUUAAGGAGGCUGUACUUGAAUUUUUCUUCCUACUUGUUGCUAAAGUAUUUUGGCUGGCCAAUACAUGCCAGGUCACAAAAGUGCAUCCAGUUUGUAUUAUACAAGAGUACUCUGCUUUUCAUACCUACGGAGUGAGAGCAGACUCCUCAGGAAUGUUAAUACAAAACUGGAAUAUUACAAUAACAAGCAUGCUGCAACUCCAACAGGAUAUUAGAGCCUAGGUUUGCUGUGGCACUGUACCCACUUCCUGAGCUAUUUGUGAUCCAGUCUACAGUAUAGGCCCAAUGAAGUGGUUUUGGCCAGAGCAUGAGCACACACGCAAAAAAAGCUACUCUUCCUUUGAACAAUCCGUUUUAUAGUAUAACCUUCCAAAGAUGGCAGGGCACUAAACUCUACUGAACAAGUUCCAGCCUUCUGUGUCUGCUUAUACCAGCUGUGUCAUGUGGUAGCAACAUCUGAGCCAAGAAAAGAACACUUGUUUGAUACAAGUCUUCAGUUUUUCCCAUUCUUCCAACAUCUUUUGGUCCAUAUUCCAUUUACCAUUUUGUGAUUUCAAUACAUGCAAGUACCUGAAGAUCCACUUGUAUCAGAACCAACAUAUUCUAAUAAACAUUUGCUAAAGCA